CACAACAUGAAACCCAAUUCAAUUCUUCAUCUUUUGCUCCAUUUGCUGCUGCUUAGCUUCAUCACAGCUGAAGACCAUGGCCCUUCCAGCAUCGUCUUCACCACCAACGGCAGAUUAGAUUACUACUUCGACAUCUUCACCCUCCCUGUUGCUCACCCAACUCACCCAAUCGCCGAAACCCGAAUCACAGACGGCCAGUCCGUCAACUUCAACGGCCACUUCCCCUCCUCCACUUUCUUUCCCAACCAAACCCGACUCCGAUCCCCAAACCGACCCGACCCGUCUCUCCAAAUCAUCUACGUCACCGAGCGCAACGGCUUCUCCAACAUCUUCUACGACGCCGUUUACUUCGACGAUUCUCCCUCCAGAAAAAGGUCCGCGCUUGAAGUCGUGGACCGGGUUCAGCUCCCUCUGCUGGGAUCGGACCGGGUUUCCAUGAAAGACAAGCCCAGCUUGACCGGGGAGUAUUUAGUAUACGUGUCAACUCACGAAGACUCCGGCGUUCCCAGGACGAGCUCAGCUGCGGUGUACGCGACUGAGCUGAGCUCGGGUUUGACCCGGAGGCUGACUCCUCACGGCGUCGCGGACUUCAGCCCGGCGGUGUCGCCUUCCGGAGUUUGGACGGCGGCGGCGUCGUAUGGGGAGAAAGGCUGGGACGGCGAGGUCGAGGAGCUCAGUACAGACAUCUACGUGUUCUUGACUCGCGACGGGACUCGCCGAGUCAAGGUGGUCGAGCACGGCGGCUGGCCGAGCUGGGUUGACGAGUCAACGAUUUACUUUCACAGAAGAGGAGAAGACCAGUGGUGGAGUAUUUACCGGGCGAUUUUACCGAAACAGGGGGCGGUUUCUACGGAAUCAGUUGUGGUGGAGCGAAUCACGCCGCCGGGUCUCCACGCGUUCACGCCCGCCACGUCACCCGGGAACCACGCCUUCAUCGCCGUGGCCACCAGAAGGCCCUCCACGAGCUUCCGCCACGUGGAGCUUUUCGACUUGGUGAAGGGCGAGUUCAAGGAGCUGACGCGGCUCGUCUCGCCGAGCACACACCACUUCAACCCGUUCAUCUCCCCCGAUUCGGGUCGGGUCGGGUACCACAAGUGCAGAGGCAACUUAAACGGAAAGAAAAGCCCGAAGCUUUUUCUACAAAACAUCCACACCGCGAUUCCGAACCUCUCCGUCCUCAGAGUCGACGGUACUUUUCCUUCGUUCUCACCCUCGGGUGAUCGUAUCGCCUUCGCGAACUUACCGGGUGUCUACGUCGUGAACCGCGACGGUUCGAACCGGCGGGAGGUCUACCCUGGAAAUGCGUUCUCGACGUCGUGGGACCCGGUUCGCAAGGGCGUAGUAUACACCGGCGCCGGGCCGGAAUUCGCACCGGAAAGCACUGAGGUUGAUAUCAUCGCCAUCGACGUUGAUCAAAUCGCCGUCAAGAAGUUGACCACAAACGGAAAGAACAACGCUUUCCCUUCACCCUCGCCGGACGGGAAACGGAUCGUCUUCCGGUCGGGUCGGUCGGGUCAUAAGAAUCUCUACAUAAUGGACGCCGAGGAAGGUGAGAGAAUCGGGCUGCAGAGGCUGACGGAGGGCCCAUGGACGGACACGAUGUGUAACUGGUCGCCGGACGGCGACUGGAUAGCGUUCGCUUCCGACCGGGAAAACCCCGGAAGCGGGAGCUUCGAGUUGUACGUGAUCCACCCGAACGGAACCGGGUUGAGAAAAGUGAUCCAAAGCGGGUCGGGCGGUCGGACUAACCACCCGUGGUUCAGCCCGGAUGGGAAGAGCUUGGUUUUCACUUCGGAUUAUGGGGCAAUAUCGGCUGAGCCUAUCUCAAACCCGCAUCAUUAUCAGCCGUACGGUGAGAUUUUUACGGUGAAAGUUGACGGCUCUGAUCUUAGGAGGUUGACGCAGAAUUCGUUCGAGGAUGGAACACCGGUGUGGGUUCCGAGCUUCAUUAGGCCGUCGGAUGUAGAGUGGCCGAUUGAGAGGCCGAGCUGCGGCUUCGAUGAUUUGCAUUGCCUCAGUAAUUUUCCGAGCUAUGGUGGUGUUGGGGCUGUGCCUUGGCUCUCAAGCAAGCCUCAGUGUGCUGCCUAGAACUAUACUGGUAUUGCUUCGUUAGUGUAUUUGAUUUACUAUACAAUGUACAUAUCUGGCAUGAAUAUUCUACUGCACUAAGUAUCACUAUGCUUAAUCCAUGCUACCAUGUAUAGUAGAGUAAUCUAUAUACGUAUGUUUGGUAUAUACAUAUACAUUUCGAUCUACAAAGCAUUCAGGUUGGUAUACAUGAAAUGUCUAUGCGAAAAGUAUAGGUAUCAAUUUGAGGGAAGGAGUGUUUGCUAGGAAGUAGUCUCAAGCCUUAACCAGACUUAAAACUAGCAUGUGUGGUCACUGUGGUGCAUUUCAGUUUUUGGAUCUAAAGGGAGCAGGUUUCAGUUUACUACCAGCUACUUGACCAGGUUUGAUAGCCCUCUGUACAUGAGGUUUCUCCGAAACCAUCUCCACUCUCAGGCAUUACUUUUCAUCAUAGACAUAGCCUAUGAAGCCUGCAGUGAAGUAAUGCUAGUCAUGACAUUUAGGACUUGCUCAGGAUCAAGGAAUCCGCUAUUACCCUUUGCUUCUGUAGAGAUGUAAGUUCCAUUUUCAGUUGUGAAAACUUGGCAGAGCCCAAAAUCGCCUAUCUUGGCUUUCAUGUCGUCAUUUGGUAGG